GACCGGAGCAUGGAGUCCGAUAACGUGUCCGCCAGUCUGUUUGGCAACGUGUCCACCGUGCUGCGGCCGGAGCCGCGUCUGUCCGCGGAGUCGCGCUUGCUGGGCUGGAAUGUUCCGCCGGAGGAGCUGCGUCACAUACCCGAGCACUGGCUGACGUACCCUGAGCCGCCCGAGUCGAUGAACUACCUGCUAGGCACUCUCUACAUAUUCUUCACGCUUAUGUCGAUGCUGGGCAAUGGUUUGGUCAUUUGGGUCUUUUCGGCGGCCAAGUCACUGCGUACUCCCUCAAACAUCCUGGUGAUCAAUCUGGCUUUUUGCGACUUCAUGAUGAUGAUCAAGACGCCAAUCUUCAUCUACAAUAGUUUCCACCAGGGCUAUGCCUUGGGGCACCUGGGUUGCCAGAUCUUUGGCAUCAUUGGCUCUUAUACAGGAAUUGCAGCGGGUGCCACGAAUGCCUUUAUAGCCUACGACCGCUUCAAUGUGAUCACCCGACCCAUGGAGGGUAAGAUGACCCAUGGCAAGGCCAUCGCCAUGAUCAUCUUCAUCUAUAUGUACGCCACCCCUUGGGUGGUGGCUUGUUACACGGAAACAUGGGGUCGCUUUGUGCCCGAAGGCUACUUAACCUCCUGCACCUUUGACUACCUGACCGAUAACUUCGAUACACGCCUCUUUGUGGGCUGCAUUUUCUUCUUCAGCUUCGUCUGCCCCACCACAAUGAUCACCUACUACUACUCCCAGAUUGUGGGUCAUGUCUUUAGCCAUGAGAAGGCCCUGCGGGAUCAGGCCAAGAAGAUGAACGUGGAUUCGCUGCGCUCGAAUGUGGACAAGAGCAAGGAGACGGCAGAGAUUAGGAUAGCCAAGGCGGCCAUCACGAUCUGCUUCCUAUUCUUUUGUUCCUGGACUCCCUACGGAGUGAUGUCCCUAAUUGGUGCCUUUGGAGACAAGAGUCUCCUAACUCCAGGAGCCACAAUGAUCCCAGCCUGUGCCUGCAAAAUGGUGGCCUGUAUCGAUCCCUUUGUCUAUGCCAUAAGUCAUCCCAGAUACCGCAUGGAGUUGCAGAAAAGAUGUCCCUGGCUGGCGAUUAAUGAAAAGGCACCGGAAUCGUCAGCCGUUGCCUCCACCAGCACCACCCAGGAGCAGCAACAGUCCACCGCUGCCUAAUGGAGUGGAAGCAGAAAACCACCCAAAGUCACCCACAAAAGACCGACCACGAUGAUGAACUGAAUUGCUAACGAAAUCGUAAUACGAAAUGUCAAGGAAACAAUGUAUUAAUAUUUAACCGAAUUCAACUACUGUUCAAUGUGUAACAAACGUAUUUUCAAUUAUUAUUUGUAGCUAACUUUGUGUUUAUGAAUGAAAUAUAGUGAAAUUACUGCAUGCCACAAA